AUGUCUGAGACCUCACCUGUGCCCGAGACUGAUUCGGCUGGAGGGGUCAGCUUGGAGAGCCAGAGCGUCACAGUGUCCCUCCUUAGCGGACGGUCAGUCCAAGUUCCCGCGACAGCCAGCACUGUACUUGGUACGAUUAGAGUGGAGGCAGCUCGCUUGUUGGGUGUCUGCGUCGCGAUGUUGGUACAUGCAGAUGGCUCGUCGCUUGAUGAGCAGCAGACCCUGGCAGAUGCAGGCCUCGAUUUGGGGCAGCCGCUACAAGCUCUGAUGCGCACAACAAUCGGGGCGGGAGACUUGGUGAAAGUCCAAGACGGAGUGACGCCAGUCUACGGCUGGGGGUAUGUCGAGCCUGACGAGUGUGGGACAGUUGUCUCCAUCGACGGCGACGAUGUCACCGUCAACUUUCCAAGUAAUUCAUCAUGGAGUGGAAAGCUCCACGAGAUGGAGAUGGUUGAGGCAACGGGUCCGCUACAAGCACCACUGAGCACAAUCGAUGUUGGACGCCUAGUGAAAGUCCGAGAGGGAGUGACGCCAACUUAUGGCUGGGGCAAUGUCAAGCCCGGCGACUGUGGGAAAGUGGUCUCUGUAAGUGGCAACAGCGUCACUGUCAACUUUGCCGGCCAGUCAGGAUGGACGGGUCGUCUCGACGAUAUGGAGGUGGUACAUGAACCCCAGGUGACAGUGAAGGUUGCCUUGCUCAGCGGACGUUCAGUCGAAGUUUCAGCGACAGCCAGCACGGUUCUCCACGAGAUCAGGGCGAAA